CAGCUGCCCGGCCCGGGCUGCCCCACGACCUCUCCUCUUCCUCCUCCUCCUCUCCCGCCUCCCCUGCCUUGAGCGCUCCGCCGGCGAUGCCAGCCCAGUUUCCUUGAUCCGGAUUCUCUCAAUACCCCCCGCCCGCCCAAUUUGCCGAUAUGCCCGAGACAGGAGCCGGGUGCUCCCAGGAGGGCGAACGGGGUAAACGCGCUCCGGCGGAUGGAGAGCGAGAUCGGGCUGAACCGGCUGGAGUCCUGGAUAAGCUAUUUGGGAAGCGGCUGCUGCAGGCUGGACGCUACAUCAUGUCCCACAAAUCCUGGAUGAAGACGGUGCCCACCGAGAACUGCGAUGUGCUCAUGACCUUUGCAGACACAACUGAUGACCACACGCUUCUCUGGCUCCUCAACCACAUCCGCCUGGGCAUCCCCGAACUCAUCAUCCAGAUCCGCCAUCACAAGCACACCCGCGUCUAUGCCUUCUUCGUCACCGCCACCUACGAGAGCCUGCUCCGCGGGGCUGACGAGAUUGGGCUGCGGAAGCCUGUGAAGGCCGAAUUUGGGGGUGGGACCCGUGGCUUCUCCUGCGAGGAGGACUACAUCUACGAGAACAUCGAGAAUGAGCUUUUCUUCUUCACUUCGCAGGAACGACAGAGCAUCAUCCGCUACUGGCUGGAGAAUCUGCGGGCCAAGCAGGGCGAGGCCUUGCACAACAUCCACUUCCUGGAGGGCCAGCCUAUCAUCCCUGAGCUGGCCGCCCGCGGAGUCAUCCAGCAAGUGUUCCCCGUGCACGAGCAGCGAAUCCUAAACCGGCUGAUGAAGUCCUGGGUGCAGGCUGUCUGCGAGAACCAGCCCCUGGAUGAGAUCUGCGACUACUUUGGGGUGAAGAUUGCCAUGUACUUUGCCUGGCUGGGAUUCUACACCUCCGCCAUGGUGUACCCUGCAGUCUUCGGCUCCAUGCUGUACACCUUCACCGAGUCGGACCAGACCAGCCGGGACAUCUGCUGCGUGGUCUUCGCCAUCUUCAACGUCAUCUGGUCCACCCUGUUCUUGGAGGAGUGGAAGCGUCGAGGAGCAGAAUUUGCCUAUAAGUGGGGCACCCUGGAUACCCCGGCGGAGUCCAUAGAGGAGCCACGGCCGCAGUUCAGGGGCAUCAAGAGGAUCAGCCCAGUGACUAAUGCAGAAGAGUUCUACUAUCCCCCCUGGAAGCGGCUGCUGUUCCAGCUGCUGGUCAGCCUCCCUAUCUGCCUCGCCUGCCUCUCCUUUGUCUUUCUCAUCAUGCUGGCCUGCUUCCAGCUGCAGGAGUUUGUGCUGAGUGUGAAGGGGCUGCCCCGCCUGGCGCGCUUCCUGCCCAAGAUCACGCUGGCACUCAUUGUCACCGCCUGCGACGAGGUCUACAAGAAACUGGCCUACUGGCUCAAUGACAUGGAGAACUACCGUCUGCAGAGUGCCUACGAGAAACACCUCAUCAUCAAAAUCGUCCUGUUUCAGUUUGUAAAUUCGUACUUGAGCCUUUUCUACAUCGGUUUCUACCUCAAGGACAUGGAGAGGCUGAAGGAGAUGCUGGCGACGCUGCUGAUCACCCGCCAAUUCCUCCAGAAUGUCAAGGAGGUGUCCCAGCCCCACCUGUAUCGCAGGUUCAGACGCGGUGACCUGAACCUGCAGGCCGCCUGGGAGAUGUCCCGCACCCUCCUCCGUCUCCUCAGCCAGAGGUACCAGGCCCCUCACAGUCCUAAGCCCCAACCAGGAGAGCCAGGGGCUGGCCAACCCGAGCCGAUGGCCGAGGAGGGAGGCGGCAAGAAGUGCCUGAACGGAAGGUGUGGAGUCCCAGAGGAGGAAGAAGAGGAGAAGCAACCGCGGGCGGCAGGGGAGGAGGACGAGGCGGGCAAGGAGGUGGAUGAGGAGGAGGACGAGGAAGAGGACGAGGAUGAAGAGGAGGAGGAGGGUUUGCCAGACUGUGGGCUGAAGCUGAAGAAGGUGAGCUUCAUUGAGAGAACGGAGAGGCACAGCGAGCCCGGCUCCCUGGGGCCCGAGAGCCUGCUGGAGGAAGGCAGCCCCACCAUGGUGGAGAAGGGCAUGGACCCGGCCUCCGUCUUUGAGCUAGAUGAGGAUGAGGCCGAGGGCCCUACAGGCAGCCCCCUGCGGGAGCCCAGGGAAGCGGCCAUCACUCUGAGGCCCCGCCGGCGACGGCGGCAGCGGUGGCAGCAGCGGCGGGAGGAGGGUCCGGAGGAGGAGGAGGAGGAGGAGGGGCCGGAGGAGGAAGAGGGGGAGGAGGAGGAGGAGCAGCAGCGACACAAACAGAAUCGGGCGUCCUGGAUCGAUCCCCCCGAUGAGAACUAUUCCCCACAACUGACCCAAGCUGAAGUGGAAAGCUGCAUGAAGAAAUAUGAGGAUACGUUUCAGGAUUACCAGGAGAUGUUCAUUCAGUUUGGCUACGUGGUCCUCUUCUCCUCGGCCUUCCCGCUGGCUGCCAUGUGCGCCCUGGUGAACAACAUCAUUGAGAUCCGCAGCGAUGCCUUCAAGCUCUGCACCGGGCUGCAGCGGCCCUUCGGCCAGCGGGUCGAGAGCAUCGGCCAGUGGCAGAAGGUCAUGGAGGUCAUGGGAGUUCUGGCCAUCGUGGUUAACUGCUACCUGAUUGGCCAGUGUGGCCAGCUGCAGCGUCUCUUCCCCUGGCUCAGCCCUGAGGCAGCCAUCAUCUCCGUGGUGGUGCUGGAGCAUUUCGCACUUUUCCUGAAGUACCUCAUCCAGGUGGCCAUUCCCGACAUCCCUGCCUGGGUGGCCGAGGAAAUGGCCAAGCUUGAGUACCAGCGCCGGGAGGCUUUCAAGAAACACGAGCGCCAGGCCCAGCACCACUACCAACAGCAGCAGCGGCGCAAGCGAGAGGAGGAAGAGCGGCAGCGGCACGCCGAGUACCACGCCCGCAAGGAGCGGGAGGCCAGCCGGGAUGAGGGCCGGGCCGAGGGUGCCGGGCAGGAUCCGGCCCCCGAGAAGGCCCCGGCCAAGGGCAAGGGUGGCAGCGCCCACACUGCCCACAGCGCCGACAAGCCCAAGCGGCCCAGCUCCUUGCUGGCCGGCAACAACGUCCUGAAGCUGAAGCAGAUCAUCCCUCUGCAGGGGCCAGAUCAGGCUGCCACAGGCAUGCCGGGGCCGGGCAGGGAGGCUAGAGCUGGCCUCCUCCACCGCUCCUGCCACCCGGCCCACGCCCCAGCCGGAUCCCAGCGACGCUCCUGCCUGCCGUCCCCCAGGAAGCCUCUCCCCGGGGGCUGCUGGCACUGGGAGGGGCUGUGGAACCGCACCCGGAGGGAGACCCAGGAAGCCGAAUGCCCGCUGUGUGCCGUGAGCAGGAGCGCCAGCCCUGGGAGGCCAGCCCGCAGGACCCCCUCGCCCCCAGGGAACCCUCCCGCCCGCGCCAGCCCCUCCCAACCCUCUGCUGCUCACCUGAAGGCAGAUCCCAGCUUCUACAGCCUGCUGCCUCCGGAGCCGGGCCCAGCUCUUGCCCUAGCUCCUGCCCUCCCCCGACCCGAGGAUGCUAACUGUUAUGCCCCAGACCCCAAAGAACCGCCCUCUCCUCUCCUCCUCCACUCAACCGACUCCCCGAGCCCGCAGUACCUCUGCUGGCCAGCAGGGUGGCGCUAGAAGGUGCCAGGGGUGGGGACGGGUCCCAAACAAGCUAUAGCCAAGACUUCAAUGAAUUUUUUCCUUUCCGUUCUCAUAUGCAAUAUUAGUUACAAAUCGGGAGUCUUUUACGUUCUUGUCUUAGUGCUAGGAGCCCCGCCCAGGCCCUGGGGCAAAGUGGCUGAUAGCCCUGGGCCUCAAAAGCAGGCAAGGGGGUGGGGGUGGGGGGCUGUUGCCCAGGGAAUUUUUACUGUUUCUCAAUACAAAGUAUUUAUACAAACAUUGCUCAUCUGGUGGUCUUCUGGGCAAUCACUGUACAAAGGGAAAAAAAAUACAAUUUUUUUGCUGUUUUAUUUCUUUCAAUCAAGGAAAAAACUAA